AUCGAGAAUAUGAAAUUGUGUGCUACUCGACGACAGGCACUCCUUUGCCGUUUCACAAAUGGAGCCAGCACCGCUUCCUGUACACCUUGCUGCAAGUCCGCGAUCUUGGUUUGCCUCGUUGUUCCAAUAUACAUCUGCGCCAAAAUGGACAGGCACAUUACUUGAAUUCGGCUCAAGUGUUUGGAUUCAGCAUAUCAAUGAUAAUGAUCCUUUUCAACUGGGGCUUUUUGGAAAAGGAUCACUGUCGCGAGCUCGCCCAACUUGGAAAUCGCGUACCAUUGACACUGCUGCCAAGGAUACUGUGUUUCUUGAACAUAUUACCACGGAACGACGAAGGAUGAAAAGAACCCAGGAUAAUACCAAAUCAUCAUCCUUCUCGACGGAUGCAUGGAGCCCCGAAGAAAUAAAAGAAAUGACAAGGAACCAAGACUAUGAACAGUUAUUGCUCGAUUUCUAUGAGUCUUUCUUUCUUGUCUAUGCGUUAAAUACUCUGAAGAUCUAUGAUCCAUCCGCGAAACUGCUCACCAUUGAUGAUUGUUGGACCAGAUUCUCGAACCGCAUACCAUCAUUUGCAACACGCUAUGCUGUUUAUCAUUAUUAUCGUAGUCUUGGAUGGGCGCCCAAACAGGGAUCAAAAUUUGGCGUGGAUUUCGUGCUUUAUCGGACUGGACGCAAGCAUAACCAUGGUGAUUUUGCCGUUGUCGUGGUAUCGAAUAAUGAUGAUGAUGAGCGUAAGAAAAUAGGUUGGAAAGAGUUACAUCGCCUAAAUCGGAUCUGUACACAAGUAAAAAAGACAUUGGUUCUUUGCUACGUAAUCAAACCGCACCGAUAUGACGAGUCUCGCCCACAGUGUUUAGAAUCAUUCAAAGUACAGGAGUUGAUAAUUAAAAGGUGGUCUCCUGAGAGAAAUCGUGAAAAAUAAUAUUUUACAAGUAGUACAACUUAUUCUAGUGUCUAUUUGCGGUGUCUUGCGCAGAACUGAGCCAUGCGUUCAUAUGCUUCAGCAAGGCAGUCUGCUGGUGGGGUGAUUACAAUGCGAAUAUAGUUGGGAUAAUCGAAACACUAUUACGUUA